UAAUAUGACUGCCACUCAUCUAUAAAUACGCUGCAGCGGCAGCUGCAGCUUCAAAAAGAAGUCUUCGGCGCAAUCUCGUUACACAAUAUUUAAUAAUUUCUUGAACAUAUUCGAAGAAUUUAGAAUGAAGAUUCUAGUGAUCGUGUCUGUCGUAUUGUCCGUCGCGACAAUUGUUUACGGAGCGUUCAACAGGGAGAGAUUGGAAAAGUUCAACAAGAACAUAAUGGAGUGCAGCAAAGAGAAAGGACUAUCACCUAGUUCUCCUACUCCCGAAGUAGUUUUGUGCGCAGUGAUUAGGGAUGGAAAGCUCAUUAACGAGAAGGGUGAAUACAUAAGAGAAGCAAUCCUAGAAGCAAUUGGGGAAGCAAUAUCCAACGUUAGCAAAAUACCAGAGGCACAAGAGAUAUAUAAAAGAUGUCACGAUGAAGCGGAUCGAGCCAAACUCACCGGUAAUGAGCAGGCAAUGAAAAUUGCCACGUGCUCUAUGCGAGUUAUAACUUACUUCGAUAAAAUAUAGAAAAGACGGAUUGCAGAAUUUGUAAUCAAUAUACGAAACUCUUUCUUUAUCUCUUUUUUUCUAUAUAAGGAUUUCUAUAUAAGGAUUUUCUAUAUAACUUUAUCAAUAUGUUUAAUCUUUCUCUCUAGAAUUGUAUGUUCGUGUUGGCAAUUUAAUAAAAUAGAAUUUAUCUAAACAAA